AUGCUUACCGGCAGGCAACCCGAAGAUUUCCAAGGCAACUUAAACACGCAAGAUCCUGUGUCCUGGUCAGCUGCCCUGAAGCCAUAUGGGAUGAAAUUGGCCUAUUGUCCACACGAUGCACGUAAACUGAAGUUUUACAUCGAAGAACUGAUCGCUUUAGAUGACUUAUUCGCCCUCAGCUUCUAUACCACCUAUAAUCCAGAGGAAAUUCUGGGCGACCCAGAUAGUACUGGCUUUGUUACUCAAUCGCAUAUUAUACUGCUACAUCGGGACAAGAUCUAUGAUUCAGGAGGUUAUCGACGCCCCGCAGCACGUGACCAUUACGGUCUUGACCAUCACACCAAGCGCAUUUUUCGAGUGGUACCCGACACACAUGUUCGGGGCCUUUGA